GGCGCGUGCCAUGGUCUGCGUGUCAUGGUCUGCGUGUCAUAACGGGCAUAGGCAUUAAACGAAUUUGGUCUCUCUGGUUAUUUUGGAAGGAUGUUUAAGGAUGUUGAUUCAUGACAAACAACCAGACUAUGUCGGUGCCUAAGUCCCAACUAGGCAAGAAGCAAACCCGUUCUCAGAGCAAAGACUCAAAAAAGCCCAACGAUUUAGGCAAGCUUUCUUCCGCUUCCGCAGUACUGCUAGAUUUUGAGGAUGGAGACGUCAAAUCUGACUUUAAAGAAGCUUAUAAUGCUUUGAAGACAGCUUAUUUGGAUGUCAAAGCUAAGUACUUUGAGGUAAAAGGCGAAAACUCAAGACUAAUAAGACAAGUACAGCAUUCUAAGAAUGGAUCUAAAAAGAGGGUCCAAGCAGUACAAGAACACAUCGAUUCCUCUGCACAAGUAAAGCUCCUCAGAGAAGCACUUGAAACUGCAGAAAAAGAAAAGAAAGAACUUCAAGAGAAAUUAUCCAAUAGCUUUACAGCCUACAAGGAGAAAUACCAACAAUACAUUGACCUGCAGAAUACUUGCAGAGAGCUAAAGACCAAAUUAGAGGAACAACCAAAAAAUGCCAUGGCUUCAGUUGCCAGUAGUGCAACAUCACAAAAGAAGGAAGAAAAAAAGGCUCACUGCACACACGCAACAAAAGUAACUUGUGAUAGCCUUGCGAACUUGAAGGUCCUUUUAGGCUGUUGUGGGCUAAAGACCUUGGAAGAUGGUGAGGACAGAGUUCUGAGUAUUACUGACAAGGACAAGUUCUUGAAGUGGCUAAAUGAUAUUACUCAUGGGAAAGACUUUGAUGAACCUAGUCGAGCACCUUCUUGUGCAGCUCAAAAGACAGAAUCUUCAGAUAUAUUGGACACGCUCAAACGGACCAAGGAAUAUUAUGAUGAAAUGAUAACUUCAUAUGAGAGAAAAGUUACUCUACUAAAGCAGAAGAUUGUAGACCAAGGAUCUGAACUUAAAAAACUUUAUUCCUUGUUGGAUAUCCUGCAUGAGAAAACUCAAACUGGAACUAACGCUGGGCAAACGGUGUCAACAAACCCGGCAGUGACUAAAAGAGAAAAAGAGAGAAGAAAGCUGUUAGAAUUGGUGAGAAACAUCACUAAUAUCAUCAGUAACUCUGAGAAGCUCCAACGUGAACUUGCACAACAAAAGACCCAAAUUCAGCGCCUAGUAGGAGUCAUAAACAGAACCAAGCAAGUCAAAGUUAAUGUGAUGUCGAGGAUAGCCCUAAUGCGAGAGUUUUCCCGGACACGUAGCACGGCCCAAGCUGAAAAACAAAAAGAAGAUCCUGAAAGUACUCAUAAGGGCUUAACAGAUGUUAGGGACCUUUCCUCUAUUGAACCUUUGAGUGUCCCAGUUCAAGUAUCAGACUUUGCAACGCCGCAGGCACGUUCGCUCCCAAACUCAUAUAACUAUGAUAUGGUUCCCACUCCACAACUGAGAAAGUCAUGGCCCAAAUCUAGAAACUUUAAUGUCAGAGGACCUCGUCAUACAAAUACAGCUGAGGUCAAUGUGUCAAAAGGGCAAAUAGUUCCCUCCGAGCUGCAAGAGAAUGAAAAUCAGCCACCAUCUUGCGAAGACGACCUGUCUCAGCUUACAGUUGAACAAUUUCAUGAUAACGAUGACAUUGUUGUGAUAGAUGAUGAAUAUGAUGACGAUGACACCAUUGGGGCUUGUGGAACCACCGCGCCUCCUGCUACGGAUACGGCAUGCCGGGAAUGCCCAAUGUGCUCAUUGUCUUUUUCGCCAGGAACUGCACAAAAUGAGUUUGAGAAGCAUGUGGAAGGCCAUUUUAAAGGUCAAUGAAGUAAAAACAAGCCAAUCAUCAUCAUUUUUUUUGUAAAGCGCACUUGUGUACAUAGAAGAAGCAAUAUGCACCGUGUUUAUGUACAUUGCUGCAUCGAGCAUGGCUCCUGUACUUGCGAACUUGAAACUGUGUUUUUGGACCUUUGGCUGUAAUAAUAAAAGCAUUUGUGAUUAUUGAUACUUUGACCUGGACUUUCAUGCUCAACCUAAAACAUUUCCCUACGACGCAAAUGUCGCAUAGACAGACUGCGCCAUGUCCGGCAACAUGCUGGACCUUUCCUAGAACCAUGGGAGGAAUUCCGAAAAACAGCAAGAGUUUAAAGAUAACGACAGAUAAAAGACAUCCAACAAGUUGAUAACUCUAUCUUCUCAAAAUGAACCGGUUGGCGCUAGUCCUCCUCUGCAUGUUCCUGACCGCUGUUCUGAUGCCAAACAGAGUGCAAGGUUUCUUCAAGGCCGGUCGAGAACUCAAGGAGAAGUCCGCUGACAGCAACGAGCGCAGACAGUUCAAUGAGGGUUCGGUAGCGGAAGAAGAGGCCCGCAAAGAAUUCUUGCGUGCACUACUCCGAAGCGCCGAGAGAAGGAGUAAAACCGACGAUUAUCAGUGAAUAUAUAGAUUACCAAGUGUAGAUACAACAACUCAAAGGAUCUUCUGAUGUCUCAGCCAACAGUUCACAUCUCUCGUGUGGACCAGGACAGCAUUGUAUAAUAAAACAACCGACACAUUUAUCACGAAAAUAACAUUUGACUGCCCCGUCUUGCCUUUAUUAUUUGUAAGAGAAAUACAAAAUAAAGCACGAUACAAAUGCA